UCCAAGUACGGCGCGUCAUUCAUGGCCGAGCUGAAGGCAACGCCAGCACACUCUCCGCCGUUUCCGUCCGGCUGCAACAGCGGCUCUCUCGCGAGAGGAGAUUCUACGUGUUUUAAGACUCCUCGUCAAAUCUUUUCCCAUAACCUUUCCUUCUCAACAUUUCUUUACUCUUCUUUUUGUUUGUUUUGUUUUGUAUUGUUUUGCUAGCCUACCUCCACCUUUUUCAUCUUUUUCUAUCCAAUUGUGUGUUUGUUAAUCAGUGUGUUUCUUUUUUUUUUCUCUCGUUAUUAAUAAAUCAUCAGUUUUUAUCGUGGAUUUGUUUUUUGAAUAAUCGGUGAACAACUGCACAACUUCGGGUUGACCCUGAGAUAUAUUUUAGUGCUAUCAACGAAUCGUUACUAAUUUAAUGAAUAAAGUGUUUUUCGUUGUAUAUGUUGUUAUCAGUGAGGACAUGUUGUUGUUGUUAUUAUUAUUGUUAAAAUAAGUAUGAAACAGGUUAUGGUGAGUGAUAGGGCGAUCGAUCGAUCAACGGAUCGAUCGAUCGCUGUGGGUUAUCAUCAGGGUGAUACCAGGGUCGAGUAGAAAGCUACUCGACUUCAGUGCUACGAAAUAUAGAUCGAAAUAUAGAUCGAAGUAGAGAGAGAAAGAGAGAGUGGAGGUGGGAGUGGGCGGGUGAGGGAGAUUGGGCGACAAGAAGAAGGGUGGGAGAACAAGUGGGGUUAGAAUUUAACAGGGGUUUUUUCCUGGUGAUUUCGACGCGGAGGAUAGUUGAACGAAAAGAAAAAGUCAAAUAAUAAGAAGAAUAAGAAUAAGUGUUGGAGGUGGUGGAGGUGGAGGUGGAGGAGGAGGCACGAAGUUCGUGGUGGAGGCCUGGCUGAUGCACCGUGGCUGCGGCGGCGGCGUCACCGGAAGCGGUGCUGCUGCUGCUGCUGCAGGAUCCGGAAGUGCUGCUACUUCUGCUUCUGCUUCUGUUUCUGCUGCCGCUGUUGUAUCUGCUGCCGUUGUUGCUUCUGGAAAUCCUCAUAGCGGGGAUACGACGGGAGGAACUACAGUAACACCGGAGGAACGUAUUUUGGAACAUCAUCGUCAUCCAAGUGGUCAUCAUCAUCAUCAUCAUCAUCAUCAUCACAAUCAUCAUCAUCAUCACCCGUCGGCAAUGCCAGGUGCUCCGGGUUUCCAUUGGGGUGCCAUGCUGGCAGGGCACCAUGCCGCUGCCGCCGCUGGCAUGAUGCAACCACCUUUACCAGCCCCGGGCGAAUACGCCCCGGCUGCUGCUCAUCAUCAUGGGGCCACCCACCCUGCUAUGCCCAUGGAUCUUCACGUUCACCAGGGCUUCCCCUACUACAGGUACCGAGAGGAUGCGCUGUGUUGGACUGACAGGAAACCGUCCCUGGACGACGUCGGGAAUCCCACUUCCGUCAACGCACGAUUUGAGGAGAGACACUACGCUUUCGAAAGUAUACUGGAGUUGCGUAAAGAGAAAAGCCGAGAUGCAGCAAGAUCGAGACGGGGUAAGGAAAACUUUGAAUUCUACGAGCUAGCAAAGAUGUUACCUUUGCCGGCGGCCAUUACCUCGCAAUUGGACAAAGCCUCCAUUAUAAGGCUUACCAUCUCUUACCUCAAACUCCGAGACUUCUCGGGUCAUGGUGAUCCCCCAUGGAGUCGUGAUGGACCACCACCUAACAAAACUGUUAAAGGUACAAAUCGCGUUAGGUCGGCAGCUAACGCGGCGGUAGAUCAUUUCGAGGUACACCAGGGUACCCAUAUAUUACAGUCAUUGGAUGGUUUCGCGAUGGCGGUUGCAGCUGAUGGAAGGUUCCUGUACAUAUCCGAGACCGUUUCGAUCUACCUAGGUCUUUCACAGGUAGAAAUGACGGGAUCGAGCGUUUUCGAUUACGUGCAUCAGCAAGACCACGCCGAGGUCGCUGAACAAUUGGGAUUGGGAUUGGCUUCGUCCGCUACCUCUUCCGGUCCACAUUCCUCUAGUUCCGGUCUAGCUUCUCCGAGCAGUGCCGCUUCGGAAGAACAUGGCUCAUCCUCGACAGCUAAUCCUGACGUGUCUUCGUUGAUGUCGUUAUCAGCUAGUGGUCUUUACAAAGGUUACGAUCGUGCAUUUUGCGUGAGAAUGAAGUCCUCGUUAACGAAAAGGGGUUGCCAUUUUAAAUCUUCGGGUUAUAGGGUCGUCCUACUGUUGUGUCGUUUGAGACCACAGUACACGUUUAGUCAUACGAGAAAGACAGCACCGCCAUUGAUGGGUAUGGUCGGCUUGGCUAUUGCACUUCCGCCACCGAGUGUACACGAAAUCCGAUUGGAGACUGACAUGUUUGUCACUCGUAUCAAUUUUGAUUUUCGGAUAGCACAUUGCGAACCAAAGGUAUCUGAAUUAUUGGAUUAUACAGCCGAUGAAUUAACGGGUAAAAAUUUGUACACCCUGUGUCAUGGCGAGGAUGCGAAUCGUCUUAGAAAAUCACAUAUAGAUCUAAUCCACAAAGGACAAGUAUUGACGCAUUAUUAUCGAUUAAUGAACAAAAGCGGUGGUUACACGUGGUUGCAAACGUGCGCGACCGUUGUGUGUAAUUCGAAAAACGCUGAAGAACAAAACAUCAUUUGUGUUAAUUAUGUAAUAAGUGGUCGUGAAUACGAGAAUUUAAUAAUGGAUUGUUGUCAACUGGAAGACGGUGUUACCGGUGUUAAACGAGAGGACGCGACAGGAAAUGAUCCAGAAAAUGGUUCGCCUGAUGCCGACAGAGGAGAAGGACGGAGUCGCGGAGGUCCGACAAAUCAGCAUCAAGAACAUCCUCAUCGUUCCCCGCCGGAAGAUCGUGAGGAUACCAGAGGUUCCGAGAGCGAGAAAAGAGGGAACAGGCAUCACGACAGCAUGGCCCAAUUGCAACAAGAACCGCAAGCAGCGAUAGGAAAUAUCAGUACAUUGGUUGUUAAGUUGCGCCGACACAAACGUAAACUGCACGAGGAGGAAAGUAGUUCGAACGAGGAGGACGAGGAGGAGGAAGUUACUGAAAAAGUGGCUAACAACGAGAGGAACAAUCCUUUGAGUCCGACCCCAUCGAAUAAUUCGAUUUCAACUAACGAACAAGUAUUGUGCGCGACGAGUCCUAAAUCAAGACGAAGUGGUGAUGGAACGGCUAGGUCUGGUACGGCGGAUAUCGUUGAAAACGUUGGUGGUGUUGGUGGUAAUAGUAAUCCAGGUAGUCAGAACAAUGUCGGGACCGAUACCGGUCCUGGAAGCGUUGGUGGUGUUGGAACAACCGCUGGGACAUCGGUUAAAGAUUUGGAACAAGCAAUGUCGAAACAUUUACCUGGUACUGCAUUGAACAAAUCCAAUUCCCCGAGUCUUCAUCAACCAACAGAUUUUAGUACGGAUGCCUUGUUGAAGCAACAACAACAGAGAAGUACGAUACAAUGGAUAGGUGCUCAUCAUCAUCAUCUUGGUCAUUUGAGUCCACAACAAUCGGCGACUGCACCAUUACCAGCUUCCGCUCUUCUUAGGCAACUUUACGCUAAUCGAGAAAGCGUUAUACGUGCCAACGUUCAUGGGAUAACGUCGGCUGGUGGUGCGAGGACACCUUCGUCGGGUGGAUCUUAUUAUGCAAGUGAGACUGGACAGAACGGGCCGUUACCGACACCCCCGGGUUCCGAAGGUUCGAGUACCUACGGGGAACAUCAAUUUGUUUUAACGACACACAAUCAAAAGGCUACGACAGGUGGUAACAGUUGCGGAACCGAUGCUUUCACGAGUUUAGUAUCGUCCUAUUCGACGGCUGGUGGUUACGCGGUUGAUUAUCAUUCAGCCAUGACUCCACCGUCAUCGGUAUCCCCUCGCGACAAACAACAACAGCAACAACAUCAUCACCACCAUCAUCAUCAACAGCAAACGCAGCAGCAGCAACAGCAACAACAGCAGCAACAACAACAACAGCAGCAACAGCAACAACAGCAACAACAACUUCACCCAGUCAACGUGAUCAGCUCGUACGACACCACGUCGGCCUAUGGGGAACCCGUGUUGCGUCACCAAUACGAACCUGCCCAACCUUUACCUUUGAAACCACAAGUUUACUCGGCUACAGUUCACCCGAGUGCCCUCGAUGCUGCGGCAGCGUACGCCUCAGCUGGUCUCGGUGAACAAGCACAGUUUUAUCAUCACCCAGCUGCAGCUGCGGCAGCCGCGGCAGCCGGAUUUCAUAUCUAUCACCCUUCUAACAAAGCUACGGCGAACAGUUGGUACGGUUCAACGUCCUAGUGGCGUCCCAGUGCUGUACGCGACACGCGUGUACUUAAAUAAUAACUCGAAUUGUUCUUAAUAACAAAAUGAAAAAAGAACAUUCGGACUGACGGGACAUUCUCUCUCUCUCUCUCUCUCUUUCUCUCUUUCUCUCUCUCUCUCUCUCUCUCUCUUUCUUUCUUCACUAACUCUCUCGUAUGCAUAUCAAUUCGAAGAUAAAGUAUAGGCAACGUGAUGAUCGAUUUUUCUUCCCUUUACCUUCGAGUAUUAUUCCUUUUGAGAAAAA